CGUCAUUCGCCAACAAAUCCAUGUCUUCACUCGGUCAUCGGAGCAAUGUUGCACGCAACGAGGUCAUUGAGCUGGUCGAGCGUCUGAUGUCUCUUGAUCGUGACACCCACAAAGCAAUCAAGAGAAGGGUAAAUGAGGACGAGAGAGCCGAUGCGGACUCGAGUGAAGGAUGAAGAAAGCCAGGUGCUCGUCAAGGAGCUAUCAAAGAGAUUGUGGAGUCCGUUGCCGCCGAAAAACCAUGAAGAUCUCUGAUUUGUAGUAGAUUCUUCAUUCUUGACCUCAUGAACUGUACAGUACGAUAUACACACCAAUUUUCAUCGACAUUUGUUUCAUAUUUCUCACGAUGCCGCUCAAUGCUUUUGGGUUGGAGUCAGCGCUGAUUCAUGAGAAAAUCCAGCUCUUGAUCAACAAUCUCAUUAACAUCAAGGAUUCAACUGGCGAGUUCUUGCUGAAACUUCCCGAUGGCCGCGUAAUAGACACCAAAGGAUGGAAUGACUGGGAAUGGACUCACGGAAUCGGCCUAUACGGCCUCUACCAAUAUCACACGUUGACGGGGUCCGAUUAUCCCAAGCAAGUCAUUGUCGAUUGGUUCAAGAUCCAGCUGGAGAAGGGUACGACGAAGAACAUCAAUACGAUGGCCGUGUUCCUGACUCUGGCAUACAUCUAUGAACAAUCGAAGGAACCGUCGUAUCUUCCCUGGCUGGAAACCUGGGCCGAUUGGGUUAUGCACGAUCUUCCUCGAACGCCUUGCAACGGCAUGCAGCAUAUCACUUACGCUGGCCCGAACACCAAUGAGCUGUGGGAUGACACAUUGAUGAUGAGCGUCUUGCCUCUUGCGAAGAUCGGAAAGAUCCUCAACAAACCAGAGUACAUCGAGGAAGCCAAGCGACAGGUCCUCCUACAUCUUCAGUAUCUGUACGACGCACCGACCGGGCUCUUCUUCCACGGCUGGAAGUUCGAGGACAAAAACGGAACGAUUGGACACAAUUUUGCUCAAGCGAGGUGGGCACGAGGAAACUCGUGGCUGACGAUUUUCAUCCCUGAUUUCAUCGAAUUGCUAGACCUCCCUGAAGGUGAUGGCUUCCGGAUGUAUUUGAUCAAUAUCCUGAAAUCGCAAUGCCAGGCACUCAAAGCGCUCCAAGAGCCCAACGGCAUGUGGAGAACGUUGCUGGACAUCCCGACCAGCGAAGGCAGCUACAUCGAGGCGUCCGCGACGGCGGGGUUCGCAUAUGGAAUUCUGAAAGCUUCCCGAAAACGAUAUAUCGGCAGGGAGUAUGAAGAGGUGGCGGUCAAGGCAGUCAAAGCAAUCCUGGAGAGGAUUAGUGUUGACGGGGAGUUGUUGGACACUAGCUUUGGUACAGGAAUGGGACACACGUUCCAGCAUUAUAAGGACAUUCCGCGUACGAGCAUGCCGUACGGGCAAUCGAUGGCGAUGAUGGCGCUAGUGGAGUUCCUCAGGCUGUUUCUCUAGUCUGUUCUUGAAUCUGUAUUCCGUGCUAGUAAUGAAAGAAUCCACGUCU